AUGUAUCGCGUCCCCAGUAGACAAGUUUCUUUUCACAACGACAACAUCACCACUUACAUGAGAAACCUGCUACCGAGAGCCGCAAAGAAACGAUUUUUCAAACCAGAGGAUGUGAAGUCAUCCAGUGACGAGCCUGACGAGGAACAACCGUCAUACCCUAGUGAUCAUUCCGAUAGUUUGUUUGUUCAAGAUGAUGAUGAUGACGAAGAGGAAGAAGAGGUUGAAGUCAAACAACAGCAAGCUGAAACUUCUAAAUCAUCACGAAUUUCUCAUUAUCAUUUCAAGAAAGAGUUGACUCAAAAUGUUGGCGAGGUAUCCCAGAGUAUUAUAAAUUAUUUAUAUGACAAGUACUCACAGAAGCAAAAUCCUGUUGUAUUUGCAGUCUCCGAAUUAUUGACCAAUCCGCCAGACCCCAGUGACUUACCCAGGGCGCCAGAGAAUCCACCAAAGAGAGCACUGAGAGAUUCGUCAUUUACAGACUCGCUGAUACCAUCUCAAUUGCAAUCACCAAGAAAAAGAAUCAAAGUAACUGAAUUCAUCAAGGAGUUCAAUAAAAGCCCUAGUCAAGAGCAGGAGGAAGAAAAAGAAAAAGAAGAAGAAGACGUAUGGGAAAGGUUUAUUGGAACUAUGAAUUCGCUGGCAAUGGCAACCAGACCGACUAUGAAGCCAUUGAAAUAUCAAGAAGAGUUAGAACUACGAAGAAUUGUUCCUAAGAACACAACUAUGAUGAAAAGUACAUAUGUGAGAAUAUAUCAUAAGGAUAGGGAAAUUGGAAAAGUUCCAGAAGAAAUGGCUCGUAUACUUACUCCAUUAAUAGACUUGAAAAUAGCCUCAUUUAAGGCAAAAAUACUCGAAGAGACAAGGUCUCGGCUAUCUAUUGGUGACACAUUCUUCAUAGAGAUUGAAGUGAAUUUAUGUAACAUGGGAUUUGUGAAAAACUUUGAUGCUAUUGAAAAUCCAGUUGACAUGAAAAAGUCCAAUUUCAAUUUCUCAAAGGAAAGCGAAGGAGAAGCAACGUUAAGACUCCGCCAAUCCUCACUUGCUAGUUUAUUCGAUAGACUCCGAAUCCGACCACUCAAAAUUAUGGACGAUGAUGACGAAGCCGAGGAGGAGAUAAUUGAGGUUGAUUCAGACAGUGAUUCUAAACUGGAAGAUCAACCCAUAUCUGAACUUAACCUUGAUCAAUUAAGAGAAUUUUAUCUGAGUAAUAAUCAGUUGAGAAUUUUGGAAGGUUUGCCAGAAACUACUACUCCACCAAAGGAAAAUUUCAAACUAGAUUUGAGAGGCUAUCAAAAACAUGGGCUAUCCUGGAUGUUGGCUAGAGAAAAAGAGUUGGACGUUUUAGAAAUGAUUCUGAAUGAUGACAAAUUAUCGACCCAAGCAAGAAGUGAAUUAGAAAGUUUAGGUAGUGUGAACCCACUUUGGCGAAAGUACAGAUGGCCCGACUCACAACAGGAUUCGCAAGAUCCUACUCAAAGUCAAACGGAAAAGUAUUUUUAUGCUAACAUGUAUAAUGGGGAACUUUCUCUUGAAAAACCUGUUAUAAAAUCUAGUUUACGUGGAGGCAUUUUGGCAGACGAAAUGGGGUUGGGAAAAACCAUAUCUACACUUGCAUUAAUCAAUUCGGUUCCGUAUGAUAACUCGCCACAGUUGUUAAAACCAAAGAAACCAUAUGCAUCGCGAACCACUUUGAUUGUUGUACCAAUGUCUUUAUUAUCUCAAUGGAAGAGUGAGUUUGAGAAGUGUAAUACUAAUAGAGCCCACUUUUGCCGUUUACAUUAUGGGGAUGAC